AUACAUUAUUAAUUAAUUAGCAUUAGCAUUAAAACGAAUUUUAUGCGGUUAAUAUUGAAAUUGGAAAGUUUUAGUAAUAUAUAAAACGUAGCCAGUGCUAAAAUAUAUUAAAAAAUAAUGCAUUAUUAAACAAUAUUUAUGUCCCAAAGCGAAUUAUUUUCUAUCUGAAACGGUAGAUCGAUACGCCGUCAAAGUAGAUAAUACAUCGAUUCCGAAACGAUAACACGUGUAGCUGUUAAUAACAUUAUAGCAACAUGCUAAGUAGAAACACAGCUGUUUACCCAAAUCAAAUAAAAUAUUAAAAUGGAGUUGGAAGGGUCAGAAUUAGGUACAAGGGAAUACUGGGAAACCAGCUAUGCACGAGAAAUUAAAAACUACAAAAACCACGGCGAUAUAGGGGAAAUUUGGUUUGACGAAGACUCCCAACAACGAAUUGUCGACUGGCUCUUGAAGCAGGAAAAUAUCGACAAGAAAACAGCACGUGUCCUUGACUUGGGCUGCGGCAAUGGCAUGUUUCUGAUAGCCUUAGCCAACGAAGGCUUCGCACGGUUAACGGGAGUUGACUACUCCCCAAAGGCAAUCGAGCUGGCCAUGGGCAUUGCCAAGGACCAAGCUUUAGACAUAAACUACAAAGUGGCGGACUUAACCCAAAGCGAAUCUCUGGCUCUGGGUACCUACAGCAUAAUUCAUGACAAGGGCACUUACGAUGCUGUCAGUUUAUGCCCCGAUGACCCCAAGGAGAAACGCAACAGCUAUUUAUCCACAGUUUCGAAACUGCUGCAGAAUGAGCAAAGUCUCUUCAUUAUCACCUCCUGCAACUGGACGGAGGAGGAGCUACUGCACAGCUUUGAACAUCUCUUUGUCAAGCAUUGCACUAUACCCACGCCCACGUUCAAAUUCGGCGGCAAGGUGGGCAAUGUAGUGACCUCUGUAGUAUUUAAAAAGAAAUCAAAUUAAAUAGCAACCGCAAAGUGAAUUAAAAUAUUUCGACUACUUUUUAAUAUCUAUUAGAAUUUAUAACCAAAAUGUGCUUCACGUUUUCAUUAAAAGUAGUUAUUUAAAAAAUAAUAGUGUAAGAUAAUCGACUUAAAAACAGGACCUAUAUAUAAUGAAACCAACCUAUUUUAAAUAUCUAAAAAUCAAUCGUAAACAUACUGAUAAAGUCGUAAUAAUAAAUACCUUUUUAACAUUUA